AUUUUUCUGGACUUCCUCUCUCUACCCUGAAAAAAGCGCCGUCUUUUCUCGGCUGCGAUGAAAACAAAGGAAAAUAACCCAGGAUUCUCCGCCGCUAACGGGUUACUGGCUGACAUUUGGUCCGUCCUUCCCUGUCGGGCAGCACCGCGUCCCGCUAAACCACCACCGGUGUCACACGCAAGCGCGAAAAUCUGACGUGACGCUCGUGCCACAGUCCCAUUCAGCCGCUCGUCGGGACCCUCCCUUCAGACAGUCGUGCGUAUGAGCUGGUAGCGAGACAACUGCCUCCCUCCUCCGACCCCUCCCCCGGAGCUGUGGUUUAACACCAGCCGGCAGGUUAACGGAAGGAAAUCAAUAGGCAAAGCGACCUGGAUUGAUUUCCUGCGGCAAUGCGAAGAUGGCGAGAGUCCUUAACAACUUGCUGUUAUUUCUGAUCAGACUUGCGCUGAAAAUCAGAGUUUGGGGAUACUGGACGCUGAUCUACGGUUAUUGUGCUCUCUGCACCACCGCAGCCCUGCUGAAACUUUGCUGGAACAUCGUGCUGAGACCGACAACAACCUUCCAAUGGGGGAUACGUGAAACUCCACCGGCUUGUCUGAAUGACACGUCCUUGGGAACUCAUUGUUAUGUUAGGAUCAAGGAGUCUGGCCUGCGGUUCCACUACGUUGCUGCUGGGGAGAGAGGAAAGCCCCUCAUGCUGUUUUUGCAUGGCUUCCCCGAGUUCUGGUUCUCCUGGCGCUACCAGCUGCGUGAGUUCAAGAGCGAGUUCCGUGUGGUGGCUGUGGACAUGCGCGGCUACGGCGAAUCCGACCUGCCGCUCUCCACGGAGAACUACCAGCUGGACCACCUGGUCACCGACGUGAAAGAUAUCGUGGAGUACCUGGGGUACAACAGGUGUUGCCUUGUGGGCCACGACUGGGGUGGAACCAUAGCGUGGCUGUUUGCCAUACACUACCCUGAGAUGGUGACCAAGCUGAUAGUCCUGAACUGCCCCCAUCCUUCUGUGUUCACAGACUAUACUCUGCGUCACCCCAGCCAGCUGCUGAAAUCCAGCCAUUUCUUUUUCUUCCAGCUGCCCCGCUUCCCAGAGCUCAUGCUCUCCAUCAACGACUUCAAGGCCCUCAAAGCCUUGUUCACCAGUCGGAACACCGGGAUCGGGAGAAAGGGCCGAUGGCUCACUGCAGAGGACUUGGAAGCCUACUUGUAUGCACUCUCACAGCCGGGAGCUCUGACAGGAGCUCUCAACUAUUACAGGAAUGUCUUCAGCUCGCUCCCUCUGAGCCACAAGCACGUCAGGUCUCCGGUGCUGCUGCUGUGGGGAGAGCGGGACGCAUUCCUGGAGCAGGAGAUGGCCGAGGCGUGCCGCCUCUACAUCAGGAAUCACUUCCGUCUCAAUAUCAUAUCCGGGGCCAGCCACUGGCUGCAGCAGGACCAGCCCGACAUUGUCAACACCCUCAUAUGGACCUUCCUGAAGGAGGGAGAGGGACGCAAAAGCUACAGGAACUAAACCCGCACCGCCCCCAACACCCACCUUGCACCGUCCCCACUCUCCCGGAAGCCUUGAAUAUGCCUGUGAUACCAAGCAACAUAGUGAUGAUGCAAUCAUUCUUUACAUUUUUUCA